AUGGCUUCAACACUUCCAUCCACAGUUGUUUGCGGCUCGCAGACCUCUCCGCCCUCAAGGGACUGCCUGCAGCGCAUUCAAGCAGAUCUCAAAGACCCUAAGUUGAAAGAGCUUGCCAAGGCAGUGGAUGAGCUGCCUGAGUUUUGGUCGCAUUUGGUUGAGGUCAAACCCGUCUUAAGCCAGGUCAACGACGCACCUCUGAAGAAAUUGAAAGAUUGGGCUAAGGAUGAGUCCGUCUUGAACAUACCAGAAGGCCUCCCAAAUAUCCUAUUAGCACCGCUCACAGUCAUCAUCCAUCUGGUUCAGUAUCUCCGAUUUGCGCACUCCUUGGAUGCCAACGAUUCUCAGGAAGAUCAACAUCAUCGUAUUCUGCAGUCGACGAGUAAAGGCGGAUUCCAGGGGCUUUGCACAGGCUUUCUCAGUGCUGCCGCUCUGGCGUGCUCCAGGACGCGAAGCGACAUAUGGUGCAACGCUACUGUGGCAUUGAGAUUAGCCACGUGCGUGGGUGCUUACGUUGACCUGGAUAGAUUGACGUAUGACAACACAGAUGUCCACACCUGUAUGAUCAUACAUUGGGAGGAUAACUGUGGAAAGGAUCAAGUGACAGAAGUCCUGAAAGGGUAUCCUGGGGUAUACAUAUCUGUGGAGCUCGACAAUAGAAGCAUCACCGUCACAGCCAAACAGUCACAGGUGUCAUUACUGCGGGGCGACCUGGCAGCACGAGGCGCUAAGCUGACGAGAAUUCCCAUCUACGGACGGUACCAUAGCAGAACACACGCCGAGAUUCUUCAAGAUCUCCUUGAGAUCUGCAGCAACGACGAGUCUCUACGUUUUCCCAUCAUCAGCGCACCUAUAGUCCCACUGAGAAAUAACACCACCGGAGGCCUGAUCACAUCAGCGGAGAAGCUGCACGAGCUUGCCUUGAAAUGCAUGUUGACGGAACCAGCUGACUGGUACUCAACCAUGUCAGAGACUGUUUCCAGCUUGAUGUUGCAGCCUGUGAUCAAUGAGCACCCGCUCAUACUGGAGUUGGGCCAUGUGAGCUGUCUCCCACGGUCACUUACUGCAUCCGCCAACAUUCGAGCUUUCACGCCGCUGUUGACCCUGACCGCUUCGCCGAAUGAACCAGAUGCAUCUCGCUAUGACUACCCUGAGCACUCUAUUGCUGUCAUUGGAGCUGCUUGUAAAUUCACCGGUGCAGAGACUAUGCAGCAAUUCUGGGAGCUCAUCCGAGCAGGAGGCACAAUGGUGGGGGAACUUCCUGAAGGCAGAAUUGCGCUAGACAAGAAGUCAUUGCGGAAGCCACCACGGGAAGAACCUCUACGGGGUAACUUCCUUUCCCGUGCAGGCCACUUUGACCACGGACUCUUCGGACUAUCCCAACGGGAAGCUAGAUACAUGGAUCCGCAACAGCGCAUUGCAUUGCAGGUGGCAUACCACGCUGUUGAGUCAUCUGAAUACUUCAGGAGCGGCAUCAAAGAUAAGAAUGUCGGCUGCUACGUGGGCGUCGGGGGUUCGGAUUAUGAUCAUAACGUCUGCUCUCAUGCUCCAACGGCAUUUUCGUUCACAGGCACUGCUCGAGCCUUUGUCAGCGGCCGCAUAAGCCACCACUUUGGCUGGACGGGACCAUCGAUGACCAUUGAUACAGCGUGUUCCUCGUCAGCUGUCGCUAUCCAUCAAGCAUGCAAAGACAUCAGAAUGGGUGAAUGCCGCAUGGCCUUAGCAGGCGGAGUUAACAUAAUUUCCUGUCCAAAUAUGCAACAAAACUUGGCAGCAGCGAGGUUUCUAAGUCCGACUGGCGGCCCUUGUCGUCCAUUCGAUGCCUUUGCUGAUGGCUAUUGCCGUGGAGAAGGAUGUGGCUUCGUAAUGUUGAAGAAGCUAUCAUGCGCCGUGGCCGACAAAGAUGAAAUUCUAGGCGUGAUUGUGGGAUCGGCAGCGAAUCACUGCGAUGGCAAUGACGCCAUCACUGUCCCAAAAUCACACUCGCAGAUCGACCUCUACAGGAAGGCUCUGUCGCUGGCAGCCAUGCAACCCAAGGACAUCACUUACGUUGAGGCUCAUGGCACUGGUACUUCGCGGGGAGACCCAGUGGAAUGCAGAAGCAUCCGGCAAGUCUUUGGAGGUGAGAGACCUACGCUGCAUUUCGGUUCUGUCAAAGCCAACGUCGGACACACAGAAGCCGCAUCAGGAAUUGCAGGUCUUCUCAAAGUUCUGUUGAUGAUCCGAAAUCAACGGAUACCACCACAGGCCAAUUUCACACAAUUGAAUUCUUCAAUACCUCCCCUUGAACCAGACAACUUGUCAAUCACAACUAAUGAACUCGAAUGGAAGGCCACUUUUCGUGCUGCUUGUGUCAACAAUUACGGGGCAGCGGGAAACAACACCGCAGUGAUUGUUUGCGAGCCACCUCGGUUAAAGCCUAGUGCUGGUAAUAAUCACAUACUCUCCGGCUACCCAUUUUUGAUAACUGGGCAGUCUGGAAGGAGUCUCAAGAUGUACUGCACUGCCCUUGGUGAAUGGUUGGAAAACACCGACGCCCCCUUGUCAGAUAUCGCGUUCAGUGUGACUCGGAGGCAGAAUCGGACUCUUCGACGUCGCAUUACCUUCGCUGCACGUUCGCUGAAGGAUAUGAAAAACAUUCUUGGACAGCAGGCGAGACUAGACCAACAGUCGUCGCCCUCACCUAAGCCCAAGCCGGUUGUUCUGGUCUUUGCAGGCCAAACUGGAAACGUUGUCUACCUGCACAAAGAUGCUUAUGAAGGGUCAAGUCUGUUGAGGUCACAUAUUGAUGAGUGCGACAAGAUACUCCGCGAAAUGGGCCUCCGCGGCCUGAUCGCAUUCUUGUUUGACCAACAACCCAUAGAGGAUGUGGUGCUCCUUCAUUGCCUGUUCUUCUCGCUGCAGUACGCUUGCGCCGCUGCUUGGCUUGAUGCGGGAUUGCCUGUCCAGCGUGUCAUAGGCCAUAGCAUUGGCCAGUUCACUGCAAUGUGUAUCUCAGGGGUUACAACACUUGCCGAUACUCUCAAGAUAGUUGCAGGGCGGGCUAGGUUAAUCCAGCAAAAAUGGGCCAAAGAACGGGGCUGUAUGCUUGCCAUUGAGGUAGACAGGCAGGGAGCUCUCGAGCUUGCCCGCUCAGUCCCAGGCCAUAAGAUAGAGGUCGCAUGCUUCAAUGGGGCCAGAAACCACGUUCUGGUGGGUACUGAAGUAGCCAUCCAGACACUCGAAGCUAAGACAUCCUGUAAGACUCGAAGGUUAAAGACUACCCACGGCUUUCAUUCUGAGUUGGUUGACCACUGGCUGGAUGACUAUAUGGCUCUGGCGCAGAGUAUCACAUACGCGACACCGAUUAUUCCUAUCGAAACAUGUUCCGAGGGCGGUAGCUGGAAGGAGUUCACCCCCGAAAUGCUUCCUCGUCAUUCGCGCGAAGCUGUAUAUUUCUUCGAUGCCAUAUCCCGAGUUGACAAAGAAUUAGGACCUUGCACGUGGGUUGAAGGAGGCGUCGGAUCCAAAGGCAUAGCACUUGUGAAGUGCGCCCUCGGGACAAACACUUCCGGGCAUUCUUUCCAUCGGCUACAAUUGGAUUCAUCGGAACCGUUGGCAUCACUAACUGAUACCACAAUACAGAUGUGGGAUGAAGGCGUUGAUGUGCAGUUCUGGCUGUAUCAUGACACAGAGAAGAUAACAUUUGACUCCUGUGAUGUUCCGGCUUACCAAUUUGACGAGACAGAAUUCUGGCUUUUACGUUCUGACCAAGCACGCCAGAGCGACUUGCAGCGGGGGAGGGUCAUUUCUGACAGAUACAAGCCACUGGUAUAUUUGCUGCGGGACGAAGGCUUCAGAGGAGAACCCCGGAAACUGCAUUUCGGAGUCAAUCAAUAUCAUCCAGACUUCGACAGGUACCUGCACGGACGCGAAGUCCUCGGAGAGGUUUUGUGUCCAGUGUCGGUGUUUGUCGAGCUAGCCGCGAAGGCUGCGGCCAUUUGCGGCGGCCGAGAAUGCUCAACUGCCGCUACACAGGUCCAGGUUCUGAAUCUGGAAAUCCAUAACCCGCUCGGGCACGCCCCAGGAGCUCGCGUUGGCCUCAGGCUCAAACGCAUCGGAUCAUGCAAGUGGGGAUUCUCAGUUAUCAGUGACAAAGACGUCCAGAGCAUAUGUCACGCGACAGGAGUAAUUUCUCUCAGGCAGGAGCGACAUGGCAAACUCGAAAUUGGGCCCCAGUGGUCAGUGAUCCAGAGGGUAAUCGGAUACAGCCAUAUCCAGGACGUGCUUGAUGACUCUUCGGCGAUUUCUCUGAAAGAAGGCAUAAUCUAUAAAGUGCUGGAAAAAGUGGCCGAGUACAAGCCUUGCCAUAGAGCCAUCAAAUCCAUGACUAUAAAAGGCACUGCGGCAGUCGCACAGCUGGAGAUGCCGGCAAUUAGCCGCGAUAGCUCGGAGAUAACAGUGUCCGAUCCGCUUGUGAUGGACCAGUUCGCAUUGAUCGCAGAAGUACUGGCACUUUGCAGAGAUGAUUGCAAGAGGGAUGAUGUAUUCAUCUGCUCUGGCCUGAGUGAGUUAGUCACAUUCAAGAGCCUCCAAUCCGGGUUGGGACCAUGGACUGUUUAUACUCAACAAACACCCUGCGGGCCCAGGGAGCUCCUGAGUGACACAUUUGUAUUUGACUCGACCAGUAAGCAGCUGAUCAUUGGCCUACUUGGCGCAAGGUUCGUUCGGAUUACCGCCAGUUCCCUCAAUGGAAUCGUCAAGAGAGCCAAUCUCAACAGUCAAACUUCGGAACUUUCAGUCGAGACAGAUGCGGUAAACCACCCAGCCAGUGUAGCUUACCCACCGUCAAAUAACAACGAUACCUCAGAUAUUCUCUCUAUAUUGAGUCAUCUGCUCCACGAGAUAACUGGACUUCCCCCAAGCGAGAUUUCCGCCAGCACACCCCUCAUGGAAGCCAGUGUCGAUUCCCUUGCGGCAACUGAGCUGGAGAAUCGAAUUCAAGAAGAGUUCCAUCUCCACAGGCCUAUCUCCCUCUAUGAAAGACAGUUUAACGUUGGAACGCUUUGCCAAGAAAUUCAGACGCAGCGAGACGACCGGCUUGCUCGAGCUUCGCGAACGACGACUGCCACACGAAAUACUUCAUUCUCCCUCGGCCGACGUACAUCAUCCACUGAAUCACUACCUGAUGAUGCGGAGGCACGAUUCAUAAGUAAGAGCGCUGCCGUGCUUGCCCAGUUAUCCAGAAUGUUGUCGGAAAGCUUCAACAUCACAGAGAGCAUCCUCCCUGGAACUGAGCUUCGAAGUCUGGGCUUGGACUCAUUAGUUGCCGUUGAGCUCGAGUACGACCUACAACAAGCAUUUGGCUUGAAGGUGGAUUUGAUGCAACUAAGUCCCGAGCUUACGGUGGGUGGACUCGCUCGGCUUAUUUUGGCGUCCGAGUCUCAGACGUCUGGCCACAUAGCGUCUUCCAUGAUGGAUUGUAGACAGACGACAGAAGGAAAGAGCCAGAUGUAUCUGGGUUGA